UUGAUUUGAAGUUUUUCGUGCGGACAACUAAAAAAAAAAAAUGCUCGUGGCCCACAGGUUGCCGACAUGACAGAUGCAAAAACUCAAAGGAAGGGGUUUUUACAAGCCAUAAGUGUUCUACAAUGGAUACUGACCUUUCUUUUCUUGGGUGUGACAUGUAUCGUCUUGAUGGUGGGUCUGAUGUUUACAUCCCUGUGGCUGCUUCCCACUCUGUGCUUCAUAUGGCUUGUGAUUGACUGGCAGACCCCUGAGAGAGGUGGAAGGAGAAAGCCAUUUGUGAUGAGGUGGAAGGUUUGGCAACACUUCCGAGACUAUUUUCCAAUCAAGUUGGUGAAGACGGCUGAGCUGAGUCCAAACAAAAACUACAUCUUAGGCUGUCACCCACACGGUAUAAUGAGUAUUGGAGCCUUCGGCUGCUUCGCCGCAGAGUGCUGCGGCUUCCCGGAGGCUUUUCCUGGGAUGCGGGCCUCUUUGGCCAUACUGGCUGGGCUCUUUCGCAUCCCACUUUUCCGGGAGUACCUCAUGGGUGGAGGCCUGGUUCCUGUCAGCAAGCCAAGCCUUGUCCAUCUUCUGUCCAAGAGCGGCACAGGAAAUGCAGUGGUAAUAGUGAUAGGGGGCGCUGCAGAGUCUCUGGCCUCCCAUCCUGGAGAACACACCGUCCUCCUGGGGCAGAGAAAAGGCUUUGUUAGGGUGGCGCUUGAGUUUGGGGCUGACCUGGUGCCCGUUUACUCCUUUGGAGAAACUGAGCUCUUCCAGCAGAUCGUCUUCACAGAGGGUACACUAGGUCGAAGAUUACAGGACCUGUUUAAAAAGAUUGCGGGUUUUGCCCCUUGUCUGUUUGUCGGUGAGCGCUGGGUGGUGCUGCCCUACAGGACUCCCAUCACCACAGUGGUGGGAAGUCCCAUCUCUGUGCCCCAGCGCAUCACACCCACAGAUGAGGAGGUGGACCACUAUCAUCAACUUUACAUGGACGCCCUGUCAAAGUUAUUCCAUGAGCACAAAGUCAGCUGUGGACUUUCAGAGAGUCACAAGCUUUGUUUUAUUUAAAGGUUUCACUUCCUCAUCACCCGUUUGUUGUUUGGGGCCUCAAUCGACUAUAACUAGUCAUCGAGUUGUGUUGGGUAGUAUUUAGAAGUAAACUAGAGCAGAUUAUCCCUUUAAAGUCCCUUCGAGAAACGUGAGGACUUAACAAUGACGACAACAUCAGGUGGGUAACUAUCUCACACAGGGCAUUUAUGUAACUGUUUGAAAAAGAUACUGGAGUUGACAGCAAUAAUUGAACUUGAUGCUCACAAGUGUUUCAGUGUAUGAAAGAAGUCAAACAAAUAUCUGCUUGUGUCAAACAUAAUUGGUUGUCUCUCAAUAAAG